AUGUCCUCCUCGCAAGCCCGCAGCCUUGAAGGGCCGCGCGCCUUCGAAAUCAUCUCGGAGCCCAUCGAAGUCAUCUCGGAGGGUAUCACUUUCAUACGAUGUGAUGCUUUCUUGAGCGCAAUCAAUGCCAUUUCCAUCUCCCCGGCGGCAACGUGGCAGCAUGACCUCGUCAUCGAUGUUCGCCAGACGCCGGACUACAAUUGGAGGAAAGAUCAGCUGGCUACUCCAACGGCGAAGCCGGGCAUAAAGGAGGAGCCGAAGCAGAUCGAGACGGAGCCAGAGCUGGACCAUGUGGGCAACCGAGGAGACUCGCCGGUGCACAUUGACGACUCUGCUCUCGAGGUGCAUGACCAGGAUGAUGGUCCGCACGACGAAGACAUCUUGAGGACUGCCCUUGGUGUUUUCAAGUGUUGGAGGCUUUUGAGAAGCCCUUGA